AUGGCACCGUACGAGAUGCUCUAUGGUAGAAAAUGUCGAACCCCGGUAUGUUGGGGCGAAGUGGGCCCACGUGAGCUUGCCCAUCAAGAUAUAGUACGAGCCACAAACGAAAAGAUUGAUGUGGCACGAGCUCACUUAAAAGCGGCCCAAGACAGGCAAAAAGCGUAUGCCGACAAAAGAAGGAGGCCAAUCGAAUUUCAGGUUGGCGACAAAGUUAUGCUCAAAGUGUCGCCAUGGAAGGGGGUUAUCCGGUUUAGAAAGAAAGGGAAGUUGAGCCCAAGAUUUAUCGGGCCAUUUGCGAUUGUUGAACGAAUUGGAAAAGUAGCUUACCGUCUUGAGCUACCGGAAGAGUUAAGCGGGAUUCAUAGCACUUUUCAUGUGUCACACCUCCGGAAAUGCCUAGCCGAUGAAACGACUUGUGUCCACUACGACGAUAUCGAGGUGGAUGACAGAUUGAACUAUGUGGUAAGACCUAUUGCGAUUUUAGAUCGUAAGGUGAAAACCUUAAGAAACAAAGAGAUUAGCCAAGUGAGGAUCAAAUGGGAACACAAGAAAGGGGCGGAUACCACGUGGGAAUCUGAAGAAGAGAUGCAACGACUAUACCCUACCUUAUUCGGUACGUGA